AUGGGUUCUUCCCUCCCGCACUAUGACCAGAGCCAGCGAGUCGGCAACUGCAGAGGGAGCCGCUUUUGUGUUCCCAGAUCGCAUUUUUGGUUUCGUGAAUGUGAACAGCAGCAGGCACUGUGCAGCCAGUGCAGCGUGGCUAUGUGUUCCAGCACCUGUGGCUUCCACCAGUGCCACCUGGGGCUGGCAAUAAUGUGGCCGGUGGCAUCACAGUGCGUGGGUGGCUCCACAGGGUUCCAGCACCUUCCGCCAGCGGCGCUGCCGGCAGUUCCGCGGCCUCUAGCGCUGCCGUGUGCUGCAGCAUCCCUGAGGGCAGGAUAUUCCAGCCACGUGGAGGUGGAAUCCACCUCCUUUGUCAGAAAUAUCUUCAAUGGGCAGCUCGUACCGACCAACGUUUUCCCUUUCCCCUCAGCUCUUACAGAGGAGGAAACGCAGUCCCUGCAAACCUUGCUGCAUCCCUGCACUCGCUUCUUUGAGGAGGUGAACAAUCCUGCUGCAAAUGAGAAGCUGGAGUCCAUUGAGGAGGCUACCUUGGCAGGGCUGAAAGACCUGGGAGCCUUUGGGCUGCAGGUGCCUGUGGAGCUGGGGGGCACUGGACUGAAGAACAGCCAGGUAAGGAGCCUGCUGGCCAGGGCCCUGUGCAGGUGGGGCUGUAUUCUCAGUGUAGAGGGGACAGCAGCAUCACGCUGCUGCUGCCCCGACCCUCCUGCUGCCCGCAGGCUGGCAAGGGCGACUGUUGGAGCACGCAGGGGCACCACACGGCACGUCUGGAGCAGGCUGCGCCCUCUCCCGCAGUACGCACGCGUAGUGGACCCGGAGCAGAAGGAGAAGUACACCUGCCCCAUUGCCUCUGGGGAGGCCGUAGCUGCCUUCUGCCUGACGGAGCCCACCAGCGGCUCGGACGCGGCCUCCAUCCGCACUGUGGCCGACCUCAGCCCCUGUGGCAGGUUCUACACCCUCAAUGGAGAGAAGAUCUGGAUCAGUAACGGGGGGAUAGCUGAGAUCUUCACUGUGUUUGCCAAGACACCGAUAAAAGUGGAAACAGGUGAAAUGAAAGAAAGAAUUUCUGCUUUCAUCGUGGAGCGAGCGUUUGGGGGAGUAACCAGUGGCCCUCCAGAGAAGAAGAUGGGGAUCAAGUGCUCCAAUACAGCUCAGGUUCACUUUGAUAAUGUGAAAGUGCCUGCAGAAAAUCUGCUAGGGGGCCUUGGGAAAGGCUUCAAGGUGGCAAUGAACAUCCUGAAUAACGGCCGUUUUGGGAUGGUAUCUGCCCUGGCCGGGACCAUGCGAGGAGUGAUCGUCAAAGCCGCAGACCAUGCCGCUAACCGCACGCAGUUUGGAGACAAGAUUAGCAACUACGGGGCCAUUCAGGAGAAGAUUGCCCGGAUGGCCAUGCUCCACUACGUCACGGAGUCCAUGGCCUAUGUGCUGAGUGCCAACAUGGACAUGAAGGUGCCCGACUACAAGCUGGAAGCUGCCAUCAGCAAGAUUUUUGCUUCAGAAGCAGCCUGGCAUGUCACGGAUGAGGUCAUCCAGGUCCUCGGAGGAAUGGGAUACAUGCAGGAGGCAGGCAUUGAGAAGAUCAUGAGGGACUUGAGGAUUUUCCGCAUCUUUGAGGGCACCAACGACAUCCUCCGGCUGUUUGUGGCAUUGACAGGCGUCCAGUAUGCUGGAAGCUGCUUAAAGAACCUGCAGAAGCGCCUCAUGAGCCCGCUUGGGAACGUGCGCGCUGUCCUCCGAGAAGUGGGGUGGAGAGCGAAGCGAAAAGUAGGGAUCUCUUCUGGCUUCUCUCUCCAGGGACUUGUUCAUUCAGACCUCAACAGCAGUGCAGUCCAGCUCACGACGGCUGUGGACCUGCUGGGGGAAGCCGUGGAGAGCCUCCUGCUGACGCUGGGUGCCAGGCUCCCAGAUAAGCAGUUCCACCUGAAGCGCGUGGCCGAUGCCGCCAUAGAUAUGUAUGCCAUGGCCGUGGUGCUCUCCAGGGCCAGCCGAGCCUUAACUCUGAAGCUGGUGUCUGCCGAACAUGAGAAGCUGCUGUGCCGGACGUGGUGCCAGGAGGCGUACGAGCGAGUGAAGGCAAAUCUGCGAGCCGUGAAGUCGUCCACGUGGAAUCAGUCCUGCAGUAACAUGAAGCUCAUAUCGCAUGCGGUGGUGCAGAACAAGGGGGUCUACACCACCCAUCCCCUCGACAUCUGCAGGGAUCCUGCCUUGUAG